CUGCCAAAACACAUAGAGACAGGGAAGAUGUUACUGGCACCACCUUCGCGGACCACGCCAGUCUGCAUAACAGUAUCGUAUAAAUAAAAUAAUAAUAAAAAAACUUUACACAGCCCCUCCACAAAAUAAAUAUAGAACAACCCAAAGACGGGAAAAAGAAAACAGGAGAGAAAAGAAGGAAGAAGAAGAAGAAAGGAAAAUGGAAGCUGCAGGACUAGGUUUAACAAGGAUAAUAGUAUCAGCGGUGUUGGGUGGUGUUUUAGGGUUGUUUAUAUAUCUCUAUACCACCUUGUUUUUGCAGCCAAGAAGGCUUCAAUCAAAGCUUAGAAGGCAAGGGAUUAGAGGGCCUCCACCUUCCUUUCUGUUUGGGAAUAUAGCUGAGAUGAAGAAGAUCCAACUCCACGCACACUCAACUGCUGCAAAAGAUCAUGACUCUAUUGCUCAUGACUGGCCUUUCACACUCUUCUCUUAUAUUCAUCAGUGGAGAAAUCAAUAUGGACCAAUAUUCACAUAUUCAACUGGAAACGUACAACUACUGUGCAUAACGGAUCCAGAGAUGGUGAAAUACAUAAGCCUUUGCACUUCUCUGAGUCUAGGAAGGCCUUCUUUUGCAUCUAAGGAUCGCAGGCCUCUGUUUGGUGAAGGCAUUUUAUCAUCUAAUGGUUCAGUUUGGGCCUACCAAAAGAAAAUCAUUGCUCCUGAGUUGUACAUGGACAAGGUUAAGGGAAUGGUGAAUUCAAUGGUGGAUUCUACUACCAUAGUGCUCAGAACUUGGGAGAAUAGUGUAGACAAUGAGGAAGGAGUCGCAGAUAUUAGAGUUGAUGAGGAUUUGAGAAGGGUGUCCGCAGAUAUAAUCUCAAGAGCUUGCUUUGGAAGCAGCUAUUCCCAAGGAAAAGACAUAUUCUUAAAGCUCCGAACUCUUCAAAAGAUCAUGUCCAAGGGGUUUUCAUACACUGGGGUUCCUGGGUGGAGACACUUGCCAAACAAAAACAAUAGAGAGAUAUGGAGAUUAGAGAAGGAGAUAAACAUGAUGAUAUUGAAGGUGGUAAAUGAACGCAUUGGGGCUCAACACGGCGAAAAGGACCUUUUGCAAAUGAUACUCGAGGCUGCCAAAAGUUCAUCUAGUCACAAUGGUAAACCUUCAAUGGAUAUCAACUCAGACAAGUUCAUAGUCGAUAAUUGUAAGAACAUAUACUUUGCUGGCAAUGAGACCACUGCCGUAACCGCGUCAUGGGCCUUAGUGCUGUUAGCUACGCAUCCAGACUGGCAAGCUCGUGCUCGUGCUGAGGUGCUUGAAAUUUGCAAGGGUCGCCUUCCAGAUGCUGAUAUGCUGCGACGCAUGAAAACGUUGGCUAUGGUGAUUCAAGAGACAUUGCGCCUUUAUCCUGUGGUGGCAUUCGUAGCAAGAGAGACCUUUCAAGACAUGAAGUUUAGAGACCUUUCAGUUCCGAGAAAUUCAGUGAUUUGGAUUCCACACUACUACAAAAAUAAUUUAUGAUGUCACUAUUUAUGGUGUCGCAUUUAAAAUAAUGACACCAUUGAACUUAAAAUUUAUAAAGGUGACACAUCAUAUAAAAAAUCUUCAAUUAGGAUAGUUAGAUGAUGCUAAUUUCAGAUUUACGGUGUCAUUUUUUGGAAGUGACAUCAUAUGAAAUAAAAAGUUUUAAAUUUUAUAA